GUCCUCAUCGCCUCUAUCAUCGGCCUGGUCGCCGUCUUCACGGUGGUAUCUAACGUCAUCGUCCUGAUCGCCCUGGUCAGGUCACGGAGAGAGGAUAACAGAAACAUCCUUUCCUGUGCACGUGACAACGGGAUCACCAAGCUGACGAUGGCGUCAAUGACGGUCGUUGACGUGCUCAUCGGCAUGCUCCUGACUCCUCUGUUUAGCGUGGACGUAAUCAACAAAGGACGGUGGUAUCUCGGACGUGAUCUGUGCACAGCGAGGCAAUCAUUGAACAAUGUUUUGUGCAGUGUGUUGAUCUUUAACAUUUUAGUCAUGGCCUUGGACAAAUAUUUGGCAAUCUGCAAGCCUAUGUAUUACCGUCUUCUUACCGUCAGGCAUGGGUAUGCCAUGGUGGUACUUUCUUGGUCGAUUCCAUGUGUAAUUUUCACGGUGCUUGAUGGUUCGGGGUUAAGCCAUAUUGGAGUAGAAGACGCUCUAGUAACUUAUGAUAAAAUGCACCAUUGUGCACAGGCGCUUAACAAACCGGUGGUAUUUACCAUGUCCAUUACGACUAUUGUAUUACCUUAUAGUAUCUCUGCGCUUCUUUACUUCCUCGUUCUAAGGGAGAUUCGAAGUUUCAAUAAGCGAAUGCCUCGAAAUAAGUGCAUCAAGGCUUUUGAAAAGUUCACUGACCUUUCCUUAGAAGUGAAAACGCCCUCCAAUAUUCCUAGCCCGUUUGUUUUAACUAAUGACUUCAUAACUAGCGAUACAUCUCUGGUCAUCGCGGGUGAGACACAUUUACCUGUGAUUGAUGGGAAAAUGACGAAUGAAGAGAGCGAGGGACCAUGCGAUCGUAACAUCCAAGUCGCACAACCGGUCGCUUACGAUAAUAAAAAAAAUGUUGGCCGUUGCCCUAACACCACCGUAAGGUCACGGCCUUCUCACAGGAACCUCAGGGCGUACAAAACUAUCGGGUGUAUCUUCUUCUGUUUCACCCUGUGCUGGGUUCCCUCUUGGAUAUUUGUUAUUAUUUUUGUUUACGACGGUUUUACAACGACACUGUGGGCCUUGAUACUUUUCCUAUUUCUCACGUACACAAAUGCGGCCAUCAACCCAUUUAUUUAU